AUGGCCGUUGAAGAAGAAUUAGACCAAAUAAUUGGCGAAGGACACUAUCGCCGUCGUGAUUUAAGGAACGGUCUUGCUUCAAGAAUGGGUUUAAGUGAAGCUAGCGUUCGUCAAAGCUAUGCCCGUGAUACCUACAAGAGGGAUAGGUAUGUUAGCAGGCCUCCACAAGCGUCAACAAAGAGAGUACGUUUUGUUAAUCUUCCAUUAGACACGCGAGAUGAAGAAAUUAUGGAUAUGGUUCGCGAGUUCAAUAAUCCUACGUAUAGUAGGUUCUACGAUCACGAUGGGGGAAAGACCGCUAUCUUCGAGUUUGAAAAUAGUCAUGAUGCUGAGAAGUGUGUCGAAAGGUUCAGUGGAACUGAGAUAGCGGGUCACAAGAUUGAAGUCGAAAUAUUUGAGCAGCGUGCUAGUCGCCCACGGAUUGGGUAUCCCAGAAGGCAGCGGCUUGGUGAUCGGAUAGGAAAGAACCAUAGUACUCGGCGGUUUCAGAACCGUCCACCACAUAGACCCAAAUCGGAAAUGAGAAUCAAGGAGUCUCAGCCAAACCUGGAGAAAUUGGAUGCUGAGCUAGAUGCGUACAUGAAUGGAGAAUAA